AUGGAAAAUCCAAAUGAUCAUCCAGCUACGACCAACAAUCACCGUAAACAUCCUUCGAUCACUUUACUAGGUUUACGGUCUGACAAACAUUCAAAAGACUCUUCUCGUCAUCAUUUACCAAAGUUUGCACACACAAAUCCCAUUAGUGCUUCACGACCGCUUUUGCAGCAUCAGUAUUCGCAAAACAGCAAAAUCUUGGCUGAGGUGUUUCAAAAGGCUAAGCUCUCUAGAGAUACGUCCGCACCUCCUAUGAAUGUCAAACAAGAGGAGGCUAAUAUUUCUGACAUAAUAGACGUAAGCAACAAUCAGCCGAACAGCCCUUCCUUCGCAAUGAAUACUAAUCAAAACGAUGCUGAAACCAAAUUCGACAAUGAACUCGCUAUAGAAAACAACACAAAUAAAGUCGAAAACAAAAAGCCUGUCAACCCUCCUUUAUUUCAGAAUAGAAGGAUUGUUUUAGAUAAGUUAGUCCAACCUGAACUAGGAAGCAAGCCGUUGGGCCCGAGUGAAGCUGCUGUAGGUAAUACAGGGAACGAAGAAAUUACAUCCUCUUCAAGUUCAACUGUGAAAACCCCUCUAGGGGAAAGGUAUCAAGAAAAUCUUCCCUUAAAUAAUUUCAGUGUUGCAAAGGAACCCAAAGAUUACGCAUUGAAAGAACACUCUAUUUCUAAUUUAUCUGCAAACAAUCCGUCUACGCCAACCUCUCAUACGAAUGGUCCAGGUGGACCAAGAAGCUUGAAUAACUCAUCAGGACAUGCGGCCUCUGGGAUAUUGGAGACAGAUAGGCUUGUACAACCUGUGCCGAAUCGGGACUCAAAUUUACAGCAUUCACCUUUCCGCGUCGAUUACAGUCGAACGAGUAAUUACAAUGAUUCCUCACAUUUUUUAAGAAGAAAUAAGUUUUUUCCUGGAAGGUCUUUUUCUCCAAUGUCGGAAAUAGUUGGAAUAAAUGACAUUUCCUCUAAUACGGAUUUCUCCGAUCUCCGCUCUGAUGUGUGCUCAUAUGAGAGGAAUAUUCCUGCAACAACAAGUAAAAUUGCUAGCUAUUCUUCCGCUUCAACUUUUAGACGAUUACCAAGGGCACCAGGCUCUAAGGUUCAUACGGAGGUCCCCAAAUCACCUCUACGCCCUCGAACGAACUAUCGACCUCUUAAUUAUAGCUCAAAGAUUGGCCCUGUUUCAUUCGACAGAUUACUAAAAGAUGCAGAUUUAGUAAUGCAGAGUUUGGCCUCUCGACAACAACAUAAACUAAUACAGGAAUCGAAGAAUACCAGAAGACUUCAAAAGACUAUUCGCCCAUAUCCUCCAAGAUCCCUUAAAAGACUAUCUGAAUAUGAACGAGCACGUCUUACCGCUUAUGAAUUGGAAGAAGUAAAGGACUUUCCUGAAAUAUACUUUAUAGGAUCCCGUGGCUGUGAUAAAGUGAGUAAAGUUAUAGCCCCCGGAUGUACCGAAGAAUUGGCAUUUGAUGAUCCUAAUGGAGAUUAUAGAGUCAACGUUGGUGAUCACCUAUUCUAUCGGUACGAGGUUAUAAACAAAGUCGGUAAAGGUAGUUUUGGCGAAGUGUUACGUUGUAUCGAUUACAAGUAUGGAAAGUUGGUUGCAAUUAAAGUCAUCCGAAAUCGUGUAAAAUGCUAUGAUCAAGCAUUAAUUGAAGCCGGAAUCCUUGAAAGGUUGACGAAAGAUGAGAGUUUCAUUGAGAGCAAUAUUAUUCGAUACUUUGAUCAUUUUAACUUCAGAAACCAUCUUUGUAUCGUGACUGAAUUGCUGGGUGAAAAUCUUUUUGAGGUAAUAAGAGACAAUAAUUAUAAAGGAUUUCCUCUCAUUAUUGUGAAGAGCUUCACAGCCCAGCUACUUAAGUCUUUAAAUUUCCUUCAAAAACAAGGAAUUAUACACUGCGAUCUGAAACCGGAAAAUCUUUUGCUUUGUGAUCACACAAAUGCAAGGGUCAAGUUGAUUGACUUUGGAAGCAGUUGCAGGUAUAAUGAAAAAGUUUAUACUUACUUGCAAUCAAGGUUUUAUCGUGCCCCCGAAGUUAUACUAGGAAUGCCUUAUGGAAAGGAAAUUGAUAUUUGGAGUUUUGGCUGUAUUUUAGCAGAAUUAUACACCGGUAUACCUCUUUUUCCAGGCGCUAAUGAGGCUGAACAAUUGGGUUAUAUAAUGGAGGUUCUAGGUGUUCCGCCAAGAGAGUUGAUAACCAUUUCAACCAGGUCAAAAAUUUAUUUUGAUUCUCAAGGACAGGCUCAUCCAAUAUUUAAUAGUCGAGGUCGUCCCCUUAUACCUUCAACCAAAAGAAUAGAUCAACUCACCCGCUGUAAAAGCCCUUCUUUCCUGGACUUAAUCUCAAAGUGCUUACAGUGGGACCCCAAAAAACGCAUAACAAUUGAAAUGGCUUUACGACAUGAAUUUAUCAUAGGCAAUAAUUCAGAAAACAUGCUAAGAAGGACGCCUUUAAAUAGUCCGAUCAACAGCCCAAUUAAAGGUUCUAACUCAAAAUUAAAAAAUCCUGUUUCUCAUUCUAGGAUCGCUCAUCCUCUGCCUAAUCCUCCUUUGUAUCAUAACCCAUAG